AUGACCUCCUCCCUGCUCCUGGCCUUCCUGGUCCCGACCCUGGCCGCCGUGGCCACUCCCAGAGCCGCCAGGCCCUGUCCAGCCUGUGGGGGCCCCGCCUUGGACCUGGAGAACCACCGAGAACUGCUGCUCGAGCUGGCCAAGAGAAGCAUCUUGGACAAGCUGCACCUCCGCCAGCGCCCCACGCUGAGCCGGCCCGUGCCCAGAGCGGCGCUGAGGACCGCCCUGCAGCGCCUCCCGGGGCCCCCGCAGUGGCUGCUCGGGGAGGCUGACAGGGGGCAGGAGUAUGAAAUCAUCAGCUUUGCCGACACAGGCCUCUCCGACAUCAACCAGACCCGCCUCGACUUCCACUUCUCGGAGAGGACGGCUGGGGGCGUGGAGGUCCGGCAGGCCAGCCUCGUGUUCUUCGCCCAGCUGCCCCCCAACACCACCCAGACGCCAACGACGGUCAAGGUCCUGGUCCUGGGCCCGCGUGGCACGAACCUCACCUUGGCGUCUCAGCACCUGCUAAAAGUGCGUGCCAGCGGCUGGCACCAGCUCCCCCUGGGGCCUGCCGCUCAGGCUGCCUGCAGCCAGGGCCACCUGGCCCUGGAGCUGGUGGCCGAGAGCCAGGUGGCGCAGAGCCUCCUGGGGGGCGCCUCCCGCAGGCCCUUCGUGGCGGCCCAGGUGAGAGCGCGGGGCAAGCACCGGGUGCGGCGGCGGGGCAUCGAGUGCCAGAGCGGGUCCAGGAUGUGCUGCCGGCAAGAGUUCUUCGUGGACUUCCGGGAGAUCGGCUGGCACGACUGGAUCAUCCAGCCCGAGGGCUAUGCCAUGAACUUCUGCACGGGGCAGUGCCCGCUGCACGUGGCAGGCAUGCCCGGCCUCGCAGCCUCCUUCCACACCGCAGUGCUCAGCCUUCUCAAGGCCAACACAGCCGGGGGCACGGCGGCAGGGGGGUCCUGCUGCGUGCCCACCGCCCGGCGGCCCCUGUCUCUGCUCUACUACGACCGGGACAGCAACAUCGUCAAGACCGACAUCCCGGACAUGGUGGUCGAGGCCUGUGGGUGCAGUUAG